AAAGGACCGAAGAAAAAUCCCCACGCGUCACCGCUGCAGGAAAGCGUCUUGUUUACAAACAUCGUACGGGUCUUCGGCGUGUUUCUCAGCUGGCAGUGGCAAGCAAUGGACUUGGAAAAUAGGCAACCAUAUUACUUCGGAGACAUCAGCUGCUGGUCAGAGAGAACUGAAGUCCACAAGGCAGCGGCGCUUGGUCAGGCUUCCCUUCUGCAGCACCUCAUCGAGUGCGGCGCGUCUGUCAACAUUGUGGCGGUGGACUCCAUCACACCUCUGCACGAGGCCUGCGUCCGCGGGCAGGCUCAGUGCGCCAGGCUGCUUCUGGACGCUGGAGCUCAGGUGGAUCCGAGGAACGUAGAUGGCAGCACCCCACUUUGUGAAGCUUGCUCUGUUGGGAGUUUGGAGUGUGUGAGGCUCUUGCUGGAACGAGGUGCCAAAGCGAAUCCUGCCCUCACCUCUCGCACUGCCUCACCCCUCCAUGAGGCCUGCAUGGGAGGAAACUCAGACUGUGUGAAGUUGCUGAUUGCUGAGGGUGCGUCUCUGGAGGCGUAUGACCUUUACCACGGGACCCCGCUGCAUGUAGCCUGUGCUAACCAACACACACACUGUGUGAAAGAGCUCCUCAAUGCUGGUGCCAAAGUGAACGCUGCUCGGCUACACCAGACGGCGCUGCACCACGCCGCAAAGAGCGCGCAAGUAGAAAUGAUCGAGACCCUCGUGGAGUUCGGCGCCAACGUUUACGCCCGGGAUAAACACAAUAAGAAACCCGUCGAGUACGCCUCGCCGGGCUCUGCGGCUGCAGCCUGCCUGCGCUCUUAUGAGGCCAUUCCAAUGAGUCUGCAGCAACUCAGCAGGUUGGCAGUGCGACGGAAGCUGGGCACCAGGGCUCUGAAGGUUGUUGCUCAACUCCAGUUACCAAAGCUCAUUAUCAGCUACCUGUGCUAUCAGUGAUGUGAAGCCUGAAGAGGAUUCAGAUGGUCAUUAUAACAGAAAAAAAA